GCUAAUAAUCUGGCACACCACGAAGAGAUACAAGCUGAUUGUGCCGGGCCCUGAAGGAUGUCAGCAAGGAAAGCAAUCGCCAGGUGCACCUACAAGACACCUGGUCUCCGUGGGUAGGACGAAGUAUGGUGGGAAAGGGGAAGAGAGAAGAGCAAAGCAAUGUUCAAGUUCAUAGCUGCCCAGAUGCGCUCAUGAUCACUACUCUGCUUACUCAUCUGGAUCAUCGCUUCGCAAGGUCAUGUAGCGACUGUUGAGCUCGAAAAGCUGCCGGACGUCAUACAGCGCGUGGCUUUGAGGCUCUUUACAUAAUCCCGAAGCCUUGCUGCGUGAAUCGGCCACUCCCGUCAAAUCAUCGACAAAGAAGAAGUUCACUGUGCAAAAGCGAAUGAAGGAGAGUAAAAGACCACAGACGAACGUCGGCCAAAGUUCAAGUGUGCCAUCGCAAGUUCUCAGAUCCAGUCGAAGGAUUCACAAAGCGCUAGCCAAGACCUUGGAAAAUCUCUUGAAUACCGAAGACGUAAGCCGGUCGCCAGCAGUCAUGAGGUUCUUCGAUAUGCCUUUGGAGAUACGCAUUCAGGUCUACGAGGAUAUCGUACAAGAUGAGCAACGCUUCUUCCAUGGAGAGGUGCCUGCUUUCCUACGUACACGCCUCCAAAUCACACAGGAGGUGUACGAGCACUGCAAAAUCAUCGCAACAGUCAAGUCAGAAAUCGCACCUCUCUUCCUGCAUGACCUCGACGAUAUCGAACGGCGAGUGCGCAGGUUUUAUUCUGUCAAAGGCAACAAGGCUGUAUUCGUACACCUUGUGGCCAGUCCUGAGCUCGGAGACUGUUAUGGCAAUAUCAUAGAGUCGGAGUUGCUAUCGCACAGGAUAGCGGCCGUUAUCAACCCCCCAAUUCCUAACUCUACCUGGGGUGUUGCUGCUGCCUGUCUUUUUCUGGAAGCAGUCCGUGACGCGCCUACAGAGCAGAGAUUGGACAUGUGGCAGAAGCUACUUGAGUUGUGCAGAAUCACGCAGCAUACCGAGUCGGAGAUAGACACGAUCAGAGCCGUGCUCAGCACAGCCUUCCGCUUGGAAGAUGUUUCUUGAAGAGGCAAGAGACUACUAAGAAAAGAACCAGAAUGUGUCAUCGCAUGCUUCGACA